CAGCACGUAUGGUACCCAUUGGACAGGCCGUAAUCUUUACUAGUCGGCCAUGCCCGGACUUGCUGUUGGUGACGCCACUGGUGAAGGCAACGACAGUUGUUGACAUGUGACUUAACCUCAAUUAACAACAAGGGGGCUGUGAUGGUGUAACAAUCGAAUUAUGUUUCUGCGUUACAGCGUAGACAGAGUUGUUAGAUCUGUAAAACAGUGUUAUAGUACGAAAACCAAGUUAGCGACCCUCACAAACACCGAACGAGUGAAAUUCUUACGUCAAAUGGCGUUACCAAAAAGCCGUGAAGAUCCAGUUAUUCUGAAACUAGACACUCCUGAUUUCCACUCUCUUUUCACCGAUGAGUUGAAAUCGCUAGCUUCACUUUUUAAAGAAUAUGGUUACGAAGUACGAAUUGCUGGAGGUGCGGUGCGAGACUUGCUGUCGGGUGUGAAACCGACAGAUUUGGAUUUUGCCACUACAGCGACUCCCGCUCAAAUGAAGGAAAUGUUUACGGCUGAAAGUGUGCGAAUGAUUAAUGCGAACGGUGAAAAACACGGGACGAUAACACCGCGAAUUAACGAUAAAGAAAAUUUCGAGGUUACUACAUUGAGGAUAGAUGUAGUUACAGAUGGGCGGCAUGCAGAAGUGCAGUUUACGACUGAUUGGUUGUUGGAUGCGUUACGAAGAGACUUGACUAUAAAUUCCAUGUUUUUGGGGUUGGAUGGGUCAGUGUACGAUUACUUUUAUGGAUAUGAUGACUUGCAAGCGCGAAGAGUGAAGUUUGUGGGUGAUCCUGUGACAAGAAUACAAGAGGAUUACUUGAGGAUACUUCGAUAUUUCCGAUUUUAUGGUAAAAUUUCAAAAGAACCUGAUCAACAUGAUGAAGAAACUUUGAAAGCAAUUAGGGACAAUAAAGAGGGUUUAAAGAAUGUAUCAGGUGAACGUAUUUGGAUGGAGUUGAAAAAAACUCUCGAAGGAAAGUUUGCUGGCGAGUUGCUGCUGAAAAUAAUUGAAUGCGGUUUAGGUCCACUGAUUGGCCUACCGGAAAAUCCUAAUGUCCAUGAAUUGAAACUCGUUUUGGAAAGAAGUCGUGGGUUGAAACUUAACCCAAUCACACUCCUCUCUGCAACAUUGUAUAAUCAGGAUGACGCUGCGGCCUUAAAUGCGAGACUGAAGUUGUCAGUCUUUGAACGAGAUUUGGCAGUUUUUAUCGUUGAACAUCGCCCCCCAAAACCCAAUAUCAAACCCCUGAUGCCUUAUCAGCAACUAGUUCUUAAAAUCAACAACAAGUUUGGAUAUCAGUAUGUGGUGGAAGUUUUAAAAUAUAAUAACUCAUCUUACUUAGAAGAGUUUCAAAAGUGGACAAUUCCCAAGUUUCCUGUGACUGGCAACAUGCUUAAAGGAAAAGGGGUGGAAAGCGGGCGCAAAAUGGGUUUGGUUAUAGCUGAACUGAGGAAUUACUGGGCGGACCAUGAAUACAAAUUGACACCAGAUGAAAUCCUUAAACAAUUACCAAAUGUAUUAGAUGUAUUGGCUGAAAAACGGAAAAAUAAAUAAAUAAUAUAGAAA